CGCCAAUAUAGGGGGCGGCCUGGUUAGUUUCAGUUCAGUCAUGACAUUUUCUUGUUAGAGCGGAGAAAGACUAUACUACAUGCAGCCUCAUUCUGAAAGAGAACUAUACCAGUAGCAACCAAAGAACUCUAUCCUUAGCGACGAAAGCAUAGAUGGAGAAAAGAAAGCAAAAGCAAAACAUGCAGGACAGUACAUGGACUCCAAAAACCAGACUCAAGUGCAGAUAUUGUGACAGAUCCUUCAUGUUUCCAUCAGUUUUGGCACGCCAUAUGCGAAAACACAGCAACGAACAGUCAAAUAGAUGCAAGAUUUGCAAAAGAGGAUUUCCAGACAAGGCCAGCCUCUCUAUUCAUGUGACUUCCCAUGAGAGUGGGUCUCAGCCUGCAGAAAGCGAUAGCGUUGAGCUGGCCAAGAACUUGCACAUGCAAAACCCCAUGCAGUGGCUGCCUCCCCUGGAAGAUCCAGACUCCCAAGAGGCCAACCAGUCACCAGACGAGGUCCAACAAGACACACAGUCAUCACACCAAAGACAGGAGGACACUGCCAUAGGAGACCAAACCAGCGCAAGCUCCAGGUCCAUGCCCUUUCGUAGUCAACCUGUGAUUGAUUUGACUUCAGCAGAAGGGGACCGCCUGAUGAAAAGAGUAGGUCCCUUUGAAGAGGAGUCUGCCGAGAGAAUAUUCGGUCAGACACUUCAGCAAUGCGGGGGGAACGGGAAGCAGCCCAGUAGAAAAAAUAUGUUGAAGACAAGGGUUCAAAGGGAACCUGGGAGUUCUGUUAAUGCCCCUGGCACAGCUGAGACCUCAGGGUCUGCAUUAGAUACUCAAGCCAUUCCAGCCAAUAGCCAGCGGGGCCAUUUUACCCUGUGUUCAGAUGGCAGAGCCCUGAAGUGCAACUACUGCUCAUUCAUGUGUCGUCGGACCUGUGGUCGAAUGAUCAAACACCUAAGGGUCCAUGGCAUCCGGUCUAGGAACCAGUGCAAGUCCUGCGGGCUUGGAUUUGUGACCAGGUCAGAGCUGCAGAGCCACCACAAUGUUUGCCAGCAGUCGUCCCUCGCGCCUCAGUGCCCUGAAUGCGGAAAGACCUUCUCCUUUCGCUCCCUGCUGCGGCAGCACAUGAACACCCACCUCAACAAGAAGCUCUACAGGUGCAAUAAGUGCCCUAUGAGUUUCACAUCGGCUCUGACCUGCCAACUGCAUUUGCAGAAACAGCAUGCAAGCCCAGUGGUAGUUGGGCAGAGCAGUGUGCACCUGUGUAGUCUCUGCCCUGAGCAGUUUGAGAGCAGAAAGGACUUGGACAGGCAUCUCAGGGUGCAUGCCGUCGAGAAGACCUUCAAGUGCACUCUCUGUAAUGAAGGUUUUUCAUCAGCAUCUACCUGGUCCACUCAUAUCCGCACUGCACACAGAGCAACAAACUCAAAUGAUAAAGAUGAGACUUGGUCACAGUCUUUCAGGGUAAGAUCCGCUGUGACAUCCGUCUCUGAGAUGUCAUCCAUUCCUGUCUCAAGACCAGUCAUGUCCAUGCCAAUUGUGGUUUCAGUAAGUAGCCAGAGCAAAGGAGGAAGUUACACGUACAGCAAGGUAGUUGAUGAGCCUUCCUUGGUCCAGUCUAAGAUGGUUGAUGGACCUUCUGAACUGACGGCAGGUUCACCCGAGCUGAUCGAUGAUGGCCUAGACCCAGGAACCAGUGGACUGGUUUACAUGAGGAAAGAGUUAAACCCCGAGGUUGACAACAGUCACGGCAGUAUUGGAGGGCCAUCGGUGCUUCGUUCCUGGUCUGUAAGUGAGUCCUCUGACCCAAUGGCUUCAUCUGAGUCAGGAGGUAUUCAAGUGGUGGAAGGUUCCCAACACUCUUCAGGUAGUUCGCCCUUCUGUUUGAAGAAGGAAGUCUCCAAAGAGGAAGAUGAGCACCUUAGCAUUUUAGACAUCAGCAGGUUAGAGGUUAAAACUGGAAGCACGAGUCAAGGUCAAGAGGAAUUGCCUUCCCAUAGGUCCCAACAGCAGCUUGAGCCAACCUCGACUGCUGCUGAGAGAGAGGUAUUUCCAGUCCACCACCAGCACAGCAAUAGUCAGUAUACAGCCAGAAGCAGUGACAGUCACCAGAGACUACUGGAUGUCGGCAAUGUGCUGAGGAGUCCUUCACCGGAGGGAAGUUACGGUAGAAGCACCGAUGACAUGACAAAUGCAGAGUCACCAUGUCGAGCCACAAGCACCAGGAGAUCACUGGAUACCUCAGAUAACACUCCUGGAUCGUAUCACUGCAACUUCUGUGAUAUAACCUUUGGGGAUCCCAUUAUGCAUUACCUACACAUGGGGUGGCAUGUGACUGCAGAUCCCUGGAAGUGCAACGGCUGUGGUCAGGAGUGUGUGGGAAGAGUGGAUUUCUUCCUACAUCUGUAUAAAGCUGGCCAUAAUUGAACCUGACCAAGGAACUUUGCCUUAGGCUGACUGUACCUCUAGGUACCUGUACAGUGCAAGCAUGUUUUUGCGAUCACAGUAGUUACUCAUUUACAUGUCAAUUGGUCUGCUUACAAUGUACAUGUAGCUGUAGAUACAGGAAUAAAUACAUUUGGCCAAUGUUAAGCUGGGCUUUUGAAGCUGGUAAUGACCCAAGCCAAAAGCAAGGGUCAUUAUAACUGCUUCCAAAGCCCAGCUCUUAAAUGGACCAGCCAUUCAUAAAUACCUUUUUGUGUAAUCUAGAAAAAGUUGCCCAUAAAGUUUGUACUUAAACGUAGCUAUUUUGCCAUUUUGUGUGCUUUUUUCCUAUCCAUGUUCACGGACCUGGGUCAAAUGAUUAGAUUCUGUGUCUGUCACUUCAUACAGUAAACCAAUUUAAAUGACCUGAACCAGAUCAUGGACCAGACUCAAAUUGCCAUUAGUGAUCAAGAGGGUCAUUCAGCUACAAACAGAAAGCACAAUUCAAAAUUCAUCAACAUCUGAAAGUUGUAUAUGUCACAGUAACAAGAAGAACACUUUCACAUGGAAUUGGAUUAAAAAAAGAAAUACUGUAACUUAAUAAUUUUGGUAAUUGACAUUUUCAGUUGUCAGGUACAUGUACAUUAAACAACUCUACGUGGUGCUUAUAAUUAUGUAAGUAUGUGCUCGUGCUUCACAUUAACUUGUUAGGCUCGGUCAAGGAGUUUACAAUUAUUGCUCUGUUUUGAUGGUUUUAAAUUACAUUUCAUUUAAAAGUAGUUUUUGGUAUAAUUCUCUUACUGAAAGUCUCUUUGGGCUUCAAAAACCACACACUUUUGGUGUAACAUUUUGGUUUCUUAAAAAAAUUUUGAUAAUGCCUGCUGAAAAGUGAUAAUGCCCGCUGUGUAAAUCACUGGCUGGUACGUGGAUAUGAGAGUUUAAUCAGGUCUGAUUGGUCAGGAGUCUGUGUGCACAACGUGCCACUCGUGAACCAAGUUUAUUGAAGAAAGAGAUUCUAUUGGACAACUUUCAAAAGGAACAUACCAUAAAAUGGAUGGGGGUGUUCAGGAAAAUGAAAGUAAAGUUUUAGAACAAAAUGUUUGGAAAUCCAGCAUAUGUUGAUUUCUUUGACUCACUGAAUAAAAAGGUGUUUAUGAAUGGGAAUAAAUACAUGUAUGUGCUUAGCCAGUUUUAAACUAACGUUUGAGACCUUCCUCAGCAGAAUGAACGCUGAUAAUGCUCUCACCUGUGGCUUGGGCAUUAGUCUUAUCCAUUCUACUGAGCCAGUCUUA